AUGCAGGUCAAAGACAUCUCCGCUGUGAAACACGGAACCUCUUUGGUUCCUGAGUUCAGCAGAACAAAGGAUUGGCAGUGGGGUAAUCCCUCGUCAUCAAAGUUGUUCGAGCAAGGCCAUUAUGCGAGUCGCACUUGGCGGAGAGAUCAACAAACUGCGGAUCAUCUCCUCGGCUACUCGGAAGGCACGGAGUCUACGAGCGCUGCACUAGAUCAUGAUAGGAUUGCUGUGCCGUAUGGAGCGGGUAUCAUGUAG